UUACCAACAAAUGGUACUCAAUAGCAUAACAAAAAACUAUAACAUUUCUAAUAAUAUAGCGGGACUAUCUCUAUUUGCUAUUACCAAUAUCAUGAUGCUACUUGGUUGAGAUGGCUUGAUGUCUUAGUAGCACGUUUGGAAUUAUCAAAACUAUUCCAUGCUAAUAUUCAAGUAUUUAGGUUUUGAAGAGUUGGAACAAAGUAUAUUAAAUGCCUUGUAGCGUUCAAACUAAAGUCUCACAAUAUGAAGGGAGUGGUAUCUGAUAUCACGAGAAAAAGGUAAGGUCCUAGGCAAUGUAAAAUAUGCGUCAUAUGGAAUAUCACGUAUCAAUAAUAAAAAGUCUUGUAUUAUAUUAUAAUACAAAGUUCACCAUUCAUCUGCAAUUCUUGAGGAGCAAAUUUUACUGAUCAAAAGUUAAAACUUCACAACAUAAGUAAUAAGUAUUUGAAGCAACUGAAACACACAUGUCGACUUGAUUAUGAUAGGAAAAUUCAAAAAUGCAUUAACAAUAGCUGUAGUAAUUCCAAUUACAAAUAAUUGACAAAUACCUGAAAAAUAAUAAAAAAAACUAAUCUACUACGCUUUUAUUAUAUUAUCGGAUAAGCAAACAUAGAUUUUAUAAUCUAUAUAUAGUAAUAAUAUAUAGUAAAUACAUGUACAUGUCAUUUAUGUACUUAUCUUCCCUUCGACUAAUAUACUCUGACCAAGAAUAAAAGUUGCCAUAGGAAGUUGAGAAAAGAAUAAUGGGUUUACCUAUACUUUGCAUCACUUUGCAGUCAACUCUUAUUAAAAAAGCAGUUCAACACAGACACGAGUAGAAAGAGGUAGUAAUACAGUUUUAAGAUUUAUACUCAAAACACUUGUAAAUGUUCUACACUACAUCGUCAAAUGAAGUCAUUAUCAACAUUUUCCCUUCUACGAAAAAUAAUUGAAAAUAUUUUUGACGUACAUUCUAUCACACAAAUACACUUUUAGCAAACUAAAACAUUCUAAAGCAACUCAUUAUGCAUAAAAAUAUUAAAGGAGCGCCGGACGGUUUUACUUUUUUAGUUACAAAUGUCCAAAAAUAUUUUGAUCAGCUGGUGACGGCUGAAACUUUUUUUACUUUUGAGUGCACUUUAAAAUAAAACCGUUGUUUAAAAAAAAACUUUUUUUAAGGAGUUUAUUAUUUUGUUGCAUUGAACGAGAUCUGGUAAAGCCCGGCAACGCUUGUUUAACACGGCUGCAUAUGCUGAUGAAACCCAGGAGGUCAUUUCCCCAGGUGGAAGCGUCAGUGCCAACCGGGAGAUGCCAGUGCUCGGCUGUAACGCAAUAUCCACAGUGAAGACGUCACGCGCGCACCUGCGGCACCUGUGCAAAGUUAUGACGCGGGUAUCUCACCGAUGAUGUCACCCUGCAUCAGUAAAACUCGUCAAGCAAUUCAAUAUCUCACUGGACGGACGGCACAAAGCAUCGGCGGUCAGAACUCGCAAUGAACAACCUGAACGCACGGCGCGGGAAUGUUCGCCCGGAUGAAGGCGGCAACGGAGGCAGCCAUUGGAACUACAUGCUGCUCACGUCCCUGCCAUUCCUGGGCGUGGCCGCAUACCGCUGGUUCCGGUACCGCGAGGAGAUGGUCAAGCAGCACGCGAGUGGCUACCGCGAUGCCCUUGACGCUGAGAGGAAGCAACAGCAACGUGAUCUCGACGUCAAGAAGUCGCAGCUGCAGGCCGAGCAGCAUGCACUGAAGUUACGUGACAAGUUGCUGCAGGAUAAGCACCGCUUGCUGGAGACACAGCGCGAGGAGCUGAAAGUUAAAAUGAGCAAAAUGGAGUUUCAGUACAAGGAGCUGCAGCAGAAGAAGUCCAAAAUGGAGUCGGAGAACAAUGAAUUGCAAUGUGCGUUGCGCACGAUGAAAUCACAGCGCGAAGAGCUUCAGGGUAAUCAGCGCGCAGUGGAGUCUCAGCGUGCAGAGCUGCUGGUCGAGCGGCGCAAGCUGGAGUCACUGCGUAGUGCGGGACCGUUGCACGAUGCCGUGCUGACCCAGGAGGAGGAAGCGCUGGGCGGGGUGCGGUCGUCACUUCGGGUGCUGGAAAACAACCUCGAGCGGCGUCAGGCCAUCUACUGCGAUCCGCAGGUGUCGCAGCACAGCAGGCUCGAUCUGGAGCGCAACAUACUGCAGCACGCGGGCUCGGAGCCAUUUCUGAAACGCAUGGCGGUGCGCGACGGGCUCCUUGACAUAUUUGCCAACGACGAACACUGCUCACACACAGGACAGCGCAAUGGAAAGCUCAUGUGGGUGUACAUGCAGCACUGGCAGUCGCUCCUGCAGCUGCACAAGUACCAGCGAGCAGAGCAGCGUCUGCACACGGAGGAUCCGCUCAAGCCUCUGUCGAAAUGAGAAGUGCGGUGUGGAUGGCAGCGAUGCCAUGCUGGCAAUCGCUGUGGCUUCCGUGGUUAUUUGUGGGGUUUGAACAAGAUUAGGGCUGGUAUGGAGAAUGGGUUGUAAGGUUCAUUAAUGUAAUUUAUUAAUAGAAUACAAUGUACAUAAAGAGUGGACAAACUGCAUAUGAACAGGGAUAGGCAGCCAGUCAAAGGCAGAGGAAAAAAGGGAGGGUCUUGAACAAGAGCAGGAAAUCGACAGCACAGAUGGUUGGGCUAAGGGAGCUCCAAUGUCAGUGGAAAAUUAGCAAUCUCCAACUUAGCAAAGGUGGUGUAAGCAGGGGUGGAAAUGGUGCGAAAUCACUUCGGGGAAAUCAUAUGUGCCGAGUGUAAGAGGCAAAUCUCCCCCCCCCCCACGCACACACGAAUAACAGUGUACAGGUGUGCCUCGCUUAACGAGCGAGAUACGUUCUGCGAACAUUUCUCAGUAAGCAAAGACUCGUUAAACGAUCGUCGUUUUCCCAUUGACUCACUCCUUUGUUAUAAGCUGAGCUAUGCUCCAGCCCCAAAGUGUCCCACUCUUGAACAACUUUUUUUCACAUGAGAAAUACAAAUUACUGUAUCAUUUUUUAUAUAGUCAUAAAACAUAAAAUGUGACACCACACAUGCAGAACCACAGUGCAAGAUACCCCGUAUAGCCCAUGAUAUCACCUCCUUAUGUCCAUAUAUCAAAUCAACACUAUCGCACACACACACUCUGUCUCCACUCGCACAGCCUUUCCGCACUGUAUCGCUCUCCAUCUCUCAUACAUGUGUAAUGACAGGGUUACACCUGCUGACAUGACAAAGUGACACCUGCCGGCCUGGGAAGGGUUUCACGGGUGCAGCCACAGAGGUAACAGCCAAUCAGGGAAGGAGGCGUAUCUGGGGCAAAGGUAACAGGAAGAGCUAGCCGAGAUGCUCCGAGAACCUGCUCGAAGGUUCCACGAGAGGGCGUGGCCGGAGGCGGGGCUUAGCCACGCUCCCUCAGGCGGGGCUUAGCCACGCCUGGGGGAGCGGACCCGGAGCUAGGAGCUCAGGGCUCGUGUGGAUCCUGGGUCCUGGUGUGUCGCUGUUCACCGACAUCUCUCUCCAUCGUCCGAUCACGUGGAAGAUCUCCUGCGUAGGUUCCAUCGCCGUCAUCGAUCGUCACGCCGCCAGCCAGCGGCGGAGACGAGUGAAGGCGAGGGGACCCCGCUGAGUGAUCGGCUGUGCGUGUAGCCAGUAGAGACGUUAUUGCCUAGAGUUAUAUUCAGUGAGAGGAAGAAUAAGAAAUAAAGAAGAAGUAUCCUCUAUACGACGUGUCGUGGAAGUCGCUCAUUGCACAUGUGUAGUGGUGUAUUCACACGGACACUUUCAGCUUUUCUCCUGUGUCACUUUAUUACCUGGCAUCCCACACGGAUGCUCCUCACUCUUUACACAAUGCACUCUUGCUCCGAACUCUCUCUCUCUCUCUUACUACCGCUAACCUGUUACUGACCACUCCGCUUGCCUAAUUAUAGAUUUAUUUUAUUUUACCUACGUGACUUUACCGAAAAAAACAAAGAGUAUACUCCGCUAGCCUGUUACUGAACACUCCGCUAGCCUGUCAGCCUUCUCUCACACCUCUUACCUCGUCCGUGCCCCCAGCGGGGGAUCAGCCAACACCGCUGGGGAGGACGAGGUGUGGAUGACGAGGUGUGGAGGGCGAGGUCCCAGGCUUCUUGUCUCCGGCUCUUGUCCUCUUUGAUCUCUCAGCUCCAACCAACUCAACCGCGUGUUCUUCCCCCACCCAUUUAUAUCCUCCUCCUCACUAAGGGUCCUCAGUUGCCCCCUCUUAAGCCGGCGCCUCGGCGGUGCCUCCUGCACGUGCUCUCUCUCCCUUAUCGUCUCUAUCUCCGGUCUCUCCAGCGCCUACUCCGUGUUUGCACGCUUGCACCUGCCUGUCCCCAAAUGCACCCACCUAAUUACCACUUAUCCCCUUGAUUUCUUUAGAACUGCUGUUUCUGUUUAGUUUGUUGUCCUUCUGCCGCACCUCAACUUUAAUUCUACUAUUAAGUAAUGUUAAUUUUAAACGGAAAUGAAUAUGCAAAGCUAAAAAUAGUAAAUUUCGAUUUAAAGCUUUCGUGACUAC